AUGAACACCUUUGUUGUACAAAAUGUUCACUCACUCUCACUAUUAUCAAAUUCACCACUUUCUCUAACUCCUUCCUUGUUUCAUCACCAGGUUCGUUUUUCCAUUCUUCCCAAUCGCAGACCAAUAACCAGAAGUUUCCCCAACUUCAACAUGGCUCUAUCUGCAGAAACCCUAGGUUUUGAGCAAAAGAGAGUCGUAAUACCCAAUAAACACGGUGAAAAACUAGCUGGCAUAUUGCAUGAUUCUGGAACUAAACAGAUUGUUAUCUUAUGUCACGGUUUUCGAUCCUCUAAAGAAUCCAAUACCAUAGUGAACCUUGCUGCUGCAUUGGAAAAAGCUGGAAUCAGUUCUUUCCGCUUUGACUUUUCUGGAAAUGGGGAAAGUGAUGGUUCGUUUCAGUAUGGUUACUACUGGAGAGAGGCUGAUGAUUUACAUGCUGUGACUCAACAUUUCCAUGGAUUAAACCGUCUGGUGACUGCAAUUGUUGGGCAUAGUAAAGGUGCUGGAGUGGUGCUUCUCUAUGCUUCAAAAUAUAAUGACGUCAAAACAGUCGUCAAUAUCUCUGGACGCUAUGAUCUGAAGGCAGGAAUUGAAGAACGCCUUGGAAAAAAUUAUAUGGAGAGAAUUAAGGAGGAUGGUUUCAUUGACGUGAAGAGGCCAGGAAGUUCCGACUACCGCGUGACUCUGGAAAGUUUGCUAGAUCGCUUAAAUACAAAUAUGCAUGAAGCAUGCCUUCAGAUUGAUACAGAAUGCAGGGUCCUUACGGUUCAUGGUUCUUCAGACACAGUUAUAUCUGUUGAAGAUGCAUUUCAGUUUGCUCAGAUUCUACCAAAGCAUACAUUACAUAUCAUAGAAGGAGCUGAUCAUUCCUACACUAGUCACCAAACCGAGCUAGCUUCGUUAGUUGUCAACUUCAUAAAAUAA